CUUAAAAUUAAGUGCAUAAUCAUUGAAGUUAUUAUCAUAUAAAAUAAUGACCGCUUCAUACGGCAACAGCGUCAAGGAUGACGACAGUCGAUUGUCACAUAACAAGACGAAUAUUGUCUUGGGUCAAUCCUUUGCUGACAAAGACAAAGAACACAAAAGCUUCGAACCGAAUAAAAGGAAAAAGAAUUCGAAGCACAAAGAAGCAGCGGACAGCGAUGAGGAUGACAAACCGAAAGAAGAGAUCAAGCCAGUGGGUUUCUUCACGAUGUUCCGCUAUGCAUCGAAGAAGGAUCGCAUCCUCUACAGCAUCGGUCUGAUCUGUGCGCUUGGAAUGGGUCUGACAACGCCAGCGAACAGUCUGAUCUUUGGAGAUCUUGCUAACGACAUGAUUAACCUUAGUGGACUUGGCCAGGAAGCUGCUUAUAUGAGAGAAUCUUCCAAUUCGCAAGCCCUGCUGGACGCGGUGCAAAAGUUUUCGCUGAACGUGACCUACAUUGGCCUUGUGAUGCUCUGCUGCAGUUACAUGGCCAUCACGUGCUUCAAUUAUGCUGCCCACUCGCAAACAAUGAGCAUACGUUCCAAGUUUUUCAAAUCUGUCCUGCAUCAGGACAUGAGCUGGUACGAUAUCAAUCAGAGCGGCGAGGUAGCCAGCCGAAUGAACGAGUAA